AUGAAACCUGCCGCUACCUUCGCGACAAUCAUGGCGGUAGGUGCUUUCAUUGCAGCAAAAGGUGCGCCGAAUGCACCUGCACUUCGUGGCCUGCGUAUGAGCGCAGAUAUACCCACGGUCAAAGAAAAUACCGAGGAAAGCAGGAAGGGCCACCACCACCAUGUCAAGAAAGUCAAGAAAGUCAAGAAAAUCGCUAUUCCCGUGCCUGUGGAGGUGCCGCAUUUCAUUCCUGUUCCCGUCAGCAUCCCGUCCACAGUGAUAGCUGGCUCCAACACUGCCGUCGUUGACUCCACCACCAAUGUCGCCUCUACCAAUGUCGCUUCUACCAAUGUCGCCUCUACCAAUGCCGCUUCGAACAAUGUCGUUGCCGCAGGGACUAACGUGGCACUGGGAACUGCAGCUGUCACGCCAGCUCCGACGACUGCAAAUGGACGUCCAGUGGCAACCCCUGCACCUACGGUAACCCGAGGAUCAAGGGCCACGCCGGCACCAGCGAACGUUUCCAGUGCAGAUCCAUCUCCAGCACAACAGCCAGGAGCUGCCGCAGCCAUUCCUCAGUCUGGUGACGCAGGCAUAGCCGGGGUGCUUUCUGGCGGAUUCCCUACAAACACCGGCGGGUUUGGUGGAAAUCCUACGGGCACCAUCGGUGGCGGCUUCGGUGGUGGCAAUCAGAUGCCUGGUUUCGGUGGUGGUAUGUUUGGUGGAGCUGGUGCUGGCAUGGGCGGCUUCAACGGAAAUGGUGUGAACGGCUUCAAUGGGAAUGGUGCGGGCGGCUUCGGGCAACAGACGCGAUUCGGCGCGCAAGGUAGGAACGCGUUUGGUGGAAUUGGUGGGCAGGGUGCAAGGGGGAACUUCGGUCCGACUGGCAACAACGGAUUCACCGGUGGCCAGCCUGGGUUUGGAGGUGCCGCACCGGCUGGUGGCAAUGCGUUUGGUAGUGAAGGUUUUAAUCGUCGCGAGCGUCAGCGUCGUCGUUGA